AUAAUAAUAUUCCUCCCCUUCCCAUCUAGAACUACCAAGGACUAGAAAAUCUACUCACGCAUAGUUCACCCAAUUCCUUAUAGCCAUUCACACAACUACAAUACUCCAUCCAAGCAUGGCUGUGAUUGUAGUUGUACAAAGCUACACUCGUUUGUGUCCCCAUUUACUUUCACCUCGUACAACUUCUAUCGCGUGAGACCCUUACGCGGAAUGGUCUGAAAGGGAAGGAACCGAAACUAUUCCAUCCUGCUUCUAAAACAAAACGACGGAAUUUUAGAACCAGAAAGGUUCACCAAAACCCUAACGGUUUUGCCGUACGAACGUUCAUUCAAGCGGCAGCCACGAACGAAACAACAUCUUGGCCGUUCUGUGCAUGUCGUAAAGCCCUGUGCAGGUCGUAAGGACUUCGACAAAAAUUGCGGCGGCAGUGUUCGAUCAACGGUGUACGAAAGAUCGAUUGUGGUGAAUUCCAGCAAAUACGCGACACUAUUUUACAACCAAUUUGGAAGUUUUUGGUAAUUCCAAUCCGAUACGUACGACGAUCGACCCUAUCAAACGGCAGUCAACUGGGUAGAAUAUAGUGGUGCGAUUUGGUUUUCCUGCCCGUCGUUAUUCGUCGUUAGCCGUGGCCGUUUGUUUGUUUGGUUGUUGAACCUGUUCCCGGUUUUGUUUGGUAGUGGUGCGGGCCUUGGGUCUGGUGUGGUCCUGCACGUGGUCUAGAUUCGGAAUUUCCAAAACCUCAGUGACGUCCCAGUUCCAGUUUCGGUGUUAAGUUUUUUUGUUUCGUUGUUGUUAUUGUUAGUUUUAAGUUUCGGCGUGUUCGGAAGCGCGGAACCCCACCACCCAGCCUACCCUACGCGAUCGAGUAUCGUUGAGGCAGGCAGAAUUAGUGCGGUGCUUGUGUGUGCUAACGGCAAGGAGAAAGUGAAAUUUCGCCAUGGUUACAGUGUCGAGUGUUCCGAGCCGAACCUUCACCCGGCUGGCACUGCUGCUGAGUCUGCUGUGCCGUGGGGGACUGGGCCGUGAUCCACCUACCGUGACCAUCCCCGACCAGGGCACGGUGAUGGGCAUGUACAUGAAGAUGUUCCGGACGCAGCGAGUCAUUGCAUAUCUGGGCAUCCCGUACGCUCAGGCACCGGUCAACGAAAAGCGCUUCACACCACCGGUAGUGGACAAUCUGCCCAGCUGGGAAGGGACGAAAAAUGCCACCAGUAUGGCACCACACUGUUGGCACAUGCCGCGCGAUACCCAUCGGCGGCACAACCAGCUGUUUAUGGAGCUGAUCCGAUCGGGUGACGACGGUGGAGGUGAUGGAGGUGGUGACGAGAAGCAGUACGAUGAGGAUUGCUUGUUCCUGAAUAUCUACAUACCGGAUUCAACCAUGCCAACGGACGGCUACUCGGUGCUAGUAACCUUUCCCACGGGUGACUUUGAUGGCGACACGCCCUUCACGUUAAAUCCCUUCCAGAUGGUGUUCAAGCAGAAGAUCAUCGUCGUGACGGUGGCCUACCGGUUGGGCAUCUUCGGGUUCUUCACCAGCAUGGACGGGGAGGCCCCGGGUAAUUUCGGUCUGAUGGACCAGUCGGCCGCGCUGCUCUGGAUCAAGCGCAAUAUCCGGCUGUUCAACGGGAACGAAGGUUCGGUCACGAUCAUGGGCCACGGAACAGGUGCCGUCUGCGUGGGGUUACACCUCAUGUCCGGCGACUGGACGGACGACAUGUUCCACAAGGCCAUCCUGAUGUCCGGCAGUCUGCUGCUCGACUCGAGCGUCCGCAGCGCCAAGCAAUAUGCAUCUUCUUUGGACGAGCUGGCGACCGCCUUCGGGUGCUUCCGUCGGCCGACCACAAAGCUGAUGGAUUGUUUGCGCCGAGUCGAUGCGCAGAUCCUGGCCGAGAACUCACCUCCUAUCGACUGGGGCCCGGUCAUCGACCGGGGGCUGAGCAACACGACCACACCCUUCAUCUCGGACCACCCGAACAUGCUGGUACAUCAGGGCAAACUGCGCCGGGUGCCACUAUUGAUUGGUCACACCGACAUGGAGGAGGUUUUGGAGUUGACGAUGGGUGACAUGCUCGAGCAUGGACUGGGCGCGGAAAUGUUCGAAACUCUUCUGGGCGACGUCGUAAUGGGAGAUCUGGCCGAAAUGGACUUUAACGAAACGUUGUGCGGUGGCAACAUGGACAUCGUGAUGGAAGCGGUCCAAUAUCAGUACAAACCGUACCCUCCGACCACCGAUCCUGUCGCGCUACGCCGGAAGUACAUCGAGUUUGCGACCGAGCGCAAGUACGUCGCACCGACGAUCGAGCUGGCAAUGCACAUGAGCCAACAGGCGGAAACGUUCGUGUAUCGCUUCGACAUCAAACCGCGGACGGCGGCUGCCCUUAAGGACGUGCCCGAGUGGGUCGGUGUUCCGCACAAUUUCGAGCUGAUCUUCCUGUGGGGACUGCCGUACUGGUUGGCGCUCGCCGAUCAAAUGCAGUGGGAUAGCGCGGACAAACGGGUGGCUGACAUAGUGAUGACACUGUGGGCGAACUUUGCCAAGUUCACUAAUCCGACGCAGGUUGGAGUGUACAUCCGAUGGGAGAAAUUCACCGUCACCGAGCCGGGCGUGCUGAUCAUCGAUCGAUCGUUCAACAUGAGCGACCACACCACGAUGAGCUUUGAUGCGGUUAAGUUCUGGAAUCAUUACUAUCCGAGUGUCAUUAAUUUUGCCGCCCAGUGUUGCAACGCAACGUACAACGGGGGUAAUCGGGCCGCAUCAUUGAGCGGUAGUAGCUUGGUGGGAAGCUUGUUGCUGGUCACCAUUAUCCUGUUACAAUCAUUCGUUCACCUGCACACGACACACAUUGCCUCGCCAACGUAGUAAGCCACGAGACGCAAAUAGUAGGCAAUGCCGGAUGCGCAAUGAAAGACGUUUUGUAAUAAAUCACUUUGUACAUAGCGAAUUGGUGCGUGCGUACGAGAAGUAUGCCAGCGUACUAGAAGCGAGAUUUUUUUCUUUUACUAUUUUUUUUGUGUAAACGUAGGCAAAUGAGAGCGUUUGUUUUAAUUUAGCUACAAUAUUGUUUUCCUACAAUCCGAAUCCGAAAAGUGUAAGUUGACAGAAAUAUAUAUGUACAAAUAAAGCAAAAAACAAAACUGUAUGUGUUAAUCUCCUUUGUUGUUUUGUUUUGUUUCAUGGUACAGUAUUUAAUUCAAAAAUAUCUUUCACAAUUUUUGCCAAAUUUAUUUUAGCAUUUUAUUCAAAUUUGGUGGGAUUAAAAAUUGUUCGUGUCUGUACAAUUUGAAAACAGUCUAACUUGACGUUUGCUGCGUGCUGGGAGCACUGCUACAUACAACUGUCAAACUAUUUCGAUAUUUGUUGUGAUUUGUUCAGUUGCUUGUUGCGAGUUUUUCUUACAGCUUUACUACCAAAAACAGACGCCGUGGUUUGUUUUUAGUUGAUAAAAGAAUGAAUAAACGAAACAUUUGGAAGUAUGACGAAACGAAGGAAAUGCUACAGAUCAUGCAGGACAACAACUAUUCUGGUGCGUUUGGCAGCAAGCACAAACAGAACAUGGAAAUAUUCCGAAAGAUUGAAAACAAGAUGGUAGAGAAUGGGUAUCCCUACAAAAACUACAUGCAGAUCGGUGUGCGAUGGAAAAAUUUGAAAAACCUGUACACGAAAGCGAAGCGUAGCAAUAGCAAAAAUGAACAGCAACUUUUUCCCUUCUAUGAAGAAAUGGACAGUUUGCUGAACCGUUUGUUGAAGAAAACAUCCAACGAAGAAUAUUUAUGCACAUCCGAUCUCGACGAGACAGUCUUUGCAAACGAAAGUUCAACAGAACAGUUAAGUAAUGGAGCGGAAAACGCUGCUCACCAACUAGACACGGAACCGGUCAGUCGGAAAAGCAGACAUACUAUUGAACCAAAAAAUAUGUCUGCCAAUAAAGCGGGGAUACGUUAUGGUUCUGCACAGCUGCACAAAUCCGAUCGGAACAGCAAGCUUAGUGCAACGAUUGCAAUGAGUAAGCAGGAACUUAGCGACGAAUUCUACCGUAGCCAGAAGCGGUUGAUCGAUUACGAAUUCAAUUUGUACGUACGCAAGGAGGAAGAAUUUAUCGAUCGCAUACAACAGACGACGAGAACGAUGCUCGAGGAAAGUAUGGAUACAUUUUUCACCCGCCUAAAGGAUGUGUUGGCCAACCAAUCGGUACAGCACGUGGAGGUAAUCGAAUCAUUUGAGUAAAUUCAAAUACCUGAAAUAAUAGUGAAAUAAGAUAUUCGUGUAAGAACCUCUAGAGAACUAAAACUAACGAAAAGUCAAAUAAAUAAAUGAUUUUUAUUUAUGUCGUAUCAACA